CCGGCGGCAUGGUGGAAAACCCCAGCCUGGCGGCCAAACCCGCCCUGCGGUGAUGGAAAGCCUGCAGCGGCAGCAGGCGGCCCGACUUGCCCGCGGCCCCGACGGCUCUCCCCGAAGGCCCCCGGCCGAACCCGGCCCCGGCCCCGUUCCCGGGCCACCGCCCGCCUCUCCUCGCUGCCGCCUGGCCCCCGGCCCGCGCCCCCUUCCCGCUGCCGCGGGAGAGGAGGAAGAGGUGGAAAGGGAAGAGGAAGAGGUCGAGGAGGAAGAAGGGGAGCCCCACGACCCACCGCCUCCUCCGCACCACGAGUGGACCUACGAGGAACAGUUCAAGCAGCUCUACGAACUGGAUGAGGACCCAAAACGCAAGGAGUUCCUGGACGACCUCUUCAGUUUCAUGCAGAAGAGAGGGACACCGGUGAACCGCAUCCCCAUCAUGGCCAAGCAGGUGCUGGACCUGUACACACUGUACCGACUGGUGACAGACAAGGGUGGCCUGGUCGAAGUCAUCAACAAGAAGAUCUGGCGAGAGAUCACCAAGGGCCUCAACCUACCUACCUCCAUCACCAGUGCUGCCUUCACCCUCCGCACACAAUACAUGAAGUACCUGUAUCCCUACGAAUGUGAGAAGCAGGCGCUCAGCUCUCCUGGGGAGCUCCAGGCUGCCAUCGACAGCAACCGUCGGGAGGGACGGAGGCAGUCUUUUGGGACAGCACUCUUCAACUACUCACCUGCCAGCACCCCGGCCUUGCUGGGCUCCCACAAGAUGCCUCUGCCAGCUCUUAGUAUCUCCACACACACCUGCAGCCAGCUCAGCCAAGUCCAUGCUGUUAAGAAAGAGGACAGUGUGCUGGCAGCAGCAGUGCCAGGGCGCAUCACUAUCCCAGUGGGAUUGACUGGACACCACCUGACAGCAGCCCAAGCAGCAGCAGCCUCACAGGCAGUGGUGCUGGAGCAGUUUCGGGAGAAGCUGGAGACAGGAGAGCCCCCAGAGAAGAAGGUGGCUCUGACAGUGGAGGAACAGCAGCGGCUGGUGCAACACGCACUGCAGCACAACCUCUUGGCUGUGGCCUCCCAGUUCCCCAUGAACAUCAAGAUCUCCAGCCGAGAUGACAGACAGGAGACUGCAUUGAACCUGUCCACCAACGGCAUUAGCAGUAUCAACAUGUCAAUAGAAAUAAAUGGAGUUGUCUACACAGGCAUCCUGUUCGCCCGCCGGCCCCCGGCACCCAGUGGAGGCAGCACCCAGAGCCAGCCGAGCACUGUGCUUGUCCCAAAUCCACUUCUCCCAACCCCCUCACACAGCCACACUCCCACCAGCACCUCACUGUAGGGGAAGAUGCGUCCCCCCGCUACCCUGAAGGCAGCUGGGGAUCCCCAGGGCCUGGGGGGGGGGCGUCUGAGCUGUGGGACCCAACCAGGCCACCAAGUUGGGAUGGGAGACCCAAAGAUGUCUCUUGCUGCAAUACUGAGCUGUGUCCACGCAAGGCUGUGAGCAUCCACGUGGCCCCCUUUGUCCUUUAUGCUGGCCUGUGGGACCCCUUCCCUCAGUGUGCCCUUUCAUACACACGCACCUUCCCUCCCAGGUGCUGCCCCCCAGUGACAUCCCCCACCCCCCCCCAUCCCCAUUACAGCUCCUGCCUGCCCUGCUGCCUGAGGCACCCCCUAGGCCCUGCAUGCCGUGUCGUCCCCUCCACACUGCAGCCCCUCUGCCCACCUCCAGUGCACGAGCUGCAGCCCCCACGCACCCCUCGACGCCAUACACUGCAUCCUCCUCCUCCUCCUCACCAACCUCACUGCAGAUGCUGCAGCUCUCAACGUGCUGUCCUCCUCCCCACCCCCCCAUGUCUCUAUGCACAGCGAGUUCCUUACACACACACACACACCCUCCGUGCACACACUGUACCUCCCCCCUUCCCCUGUGCACACCCCUUGGUACCCUCAUUGCAUCCUCACCUGUGCACAUCUCGGUGCAAACACCGCAGCCCCUUAUACAACGCUGCCCCUAUAGACCGCAGCCCCUACACGCUGCACACCUACCCCCUGCAGACCCCCCCACCUAUGCAGCCCUCCAGCACUACUGGGGCUUGGUGCCACCACCCUGAGACACCUCUGGGGUCCUAGGUGUCCCCUGGCCGCCUCAGGGUGGUGUCAUCUCUGACCCCCAGGUCCUCAAUUCAGGGUGGUCACCCUGGGAGGCAGAUAAUGGGGAAAACGGUGGGAUUGGUGAGGGUGGGGCUUGAUAUUGGGCUUGGACUUUUGCUUGUUGGUGGGCAGCAGGGCCUGGAGGCCCCGGAGUGGCCCCCCACCACAAAAGACCACCCAGACAUGGGGAUCCCCACCCCAGGGGGCAGGGAGAUGGAGGGCACUCUUGAACUACCUCGUUGGGGCUGGGCGGGCGUCUCCUCCACCCGCUUGCACCCCUGGGUGCCAAAGCAGGUGAGCCUGGAGAAAUGCUCACCUCUACCUCAGCGCGGGGG